AUGAAGGUUUCAGUUGUCCUGUGUCUCUUUGCUGCCAGCAUGGCUGCUGCGAGCCCGACUGCCCGUGGUAAGCGUCAGCUCACCGAUACCUUGACUGAUGUUGGGGAUGGUGUUAACGCCCUGGUCGCUGGUCCCGAAUCCGGUCACGACAAGCGUCAACUGACCGAUACACUAACUGAUGUUGGAAAAGGUCUCAACGCCCUUUUGGGUGGUUCUGGUUCUGGCCGGGGCAAACGCCAACUGACGGAUACGGUGACUGAUGUUGUAGAUGGUGUGAAUGCACUUCUCGCGGGACAGGGCAGUGGCCGGGAUGGCAAUGGCCAGUCGGGCCACAACGGAAAUCAGGGUGGAGGCCUCGGGGGAGGCCUCGGAGGGGGUCCCGGUGAAGGCUCAGGCGAAGGCCUUGGGGGAGGCCUGGGUGGAGGCCUGGGUGGAGGCCUAAACGGAGACCACGGCGCCGGCGGAUAUGGAGGAUCAUCCGGGGGAUGGCCCGCGGAGGGUGGCAGUGGUGGUUUCGCGGGCGGCAAUGGCCCAUCCGGGGGCACGUUCGCAGCCGGAGGUUCCACCGGUGCCGGAGGCGGAGCCUGGGGGGCCGCGGGCACCCACUAGGGGAUCUCCCAGGAGUCCAGAUGUUCAGGGCAGAUGUGGCAGGAUGGUUCGGACCUGUCAGCGAGAUUUGGAGCAGUCCGCGGGAUAUAGG